UUCAAUAUUUACCCAGUCCACUUUGUUUCCCUAAUUAGGAUGUCACGGGUUGUGGACUGAUAAGACAUACUGGGAAGAAGAUUCAGAAUUUUAGCUUCCCUUUCGUUCGUGAAUUUACAAAAGCCCGGGGAAGCUUGCUUUGUACAGGAUGAUGUUUCUCUGUGUUUUAACUUAUUUAAGGACUGUGGCGACAGUUUCCAGCACUUUUCCAACAGCCAUACUUUGAAGGAUGAAUACUACCACUGUUUAACAAGUGAUACUACAAUAAAGGUAUCACAUAAAUGAUCAAUCAUUGGUUAACAAGUUGUGGUCAUCCUUUUUAUACUGACACGUAACCAUAUCAACAAUACAACCUGUUAAAAACACCCUUAAUUUUAACUUUAAGCGCUUAUAACUCAAAAUCAAACUCGGUCACCCUUAGUUUUUAUGAUCGAAUUAUGAUAAGCAUGAUAAGAUGCAAGCUUUUUACAAAAAUUAAGGUGGCUCUGAACCCUCUCCACAUAAUUUUUUUACCAUUGGGGCAUAUUUGUGAUGCCAUUAUUGUAGCACAACUUGAUUAACACUGGUAGUAUUCAUCCUGCAAAGUACAAGUGUAACUAUUAGAAAAGUCCUGGAGACUGUUGCCAGCCUCCUUGAUGAACAGGUAUAAUAAAUUUAUUACGCCCGCGGACAAGCGAACCUUAUCAAGUAUCAAAAUAAUUUAACUUAUUUCAGGUACACCCAUAAACAGCACAACUUUUGAGACCAUCACACAACAGCUGCCCAAUACACACGCUCCAAAAAAGUCAAACAUGCAAGUCCCAACAGGAAGUGCUCGACUGCAUCUUAUCAUUCAGUUUCCGGUGUUAAACACUUCCGGUAGCUCAGAUAAUGACGAGACAAAGCGGCAAACGGAGUAUAUCUACUGCCUGCAACGGAAUCUAAUGAGUGCGCACGUUGAAAAAAUCCAUAUCUUCUAUGAAAGCAACAAGGAUCCUGACGUCAUCAACGCCCAGAAUUUGCCUGAGGACUGGAAAUUACAUUUUCAUUCUCUUGGUCGGCGCAUGCGUUACAAGGACGCCUUCCAGUACGCCUCGAACCACUUGUUACGUAGAAAUGUAAUGAUAAUGAACGCAGACUGUUAUGUGGAUAAAGGGUUUGAACGACUGGACGAAAGUAUUUUGAACAGGAAAACAAUGUACGCAUUGACCAGGCAUGAAACUUCCGAAAACGUGCGUCUCUGCAACGCGAGGGAUUUUUGUGGACCGACGGCAACAUACAUUGGCUCCCACGAUGCAUUUCUGUUCAGGCUUCUCGUGCCACUUCCCUCUCAACUAUUAGAUAGCAUUGACUACCGACCGAACAUUGUAGGUAUUGAAAGAGUGUUGAUAUUUAACUUUCAAAAGUAUGGACGUUUUGAAAUAAAGAACCCGUGUAAAAUCCUUCAUAUUGUACACUAUCACUGCAGCGGAGUAAGAAACAGGAAAGAGCGAAGUAUUCAAGGCCAACGAAUUGAUCGCCAUCUUAACAUCACGAAUCGAAGACGAGGAAAAUUUCAUAUGCCACGCUUUUCUGGUUUGUGAUGUAAUUUUGCAUUAUGUUUGAUAUAUAUAUAUAUAUAGUGACUAAGUCAACCGUUCAAAACAGAAAUAAAUACCAGUUACAUGUAUUCGACAAAGUAAGACUUGGCAGUUUUGUUGUCUGGGUGGUUUUUCCACCCAUAUGCAGUUUAGAUAUAUAUAAGAUGCUGAUCUGCUGCAAAUUUUGCCCGUCUUCCGGCUUAGACUCUCGUUCCCAGAGUCUUCGUUCCCCUUGACCAGCGGUAGGAAACGAGAGCUCUGGAUGCAUCCAUUUCAGGCCAUAGAUGCAGACUGCACAGUGAAACCGGAUGGGCAGAAUUCGGUUAUUUCAAAAUGGUUGCUCCCAGAGCUCUCGUUUUCCGACCGCUGGUCAAGGAAACGAAGGAACGAAGGAGCGAACACCCUGGAACGAAGACCCUGGAACGAGAUUGGCUUAGACCUUGUGCUCUUAACGACCUUACCCCUGAGAGAAGGGGGGGGGGGGUGGAGGCCGUCGCAGCCUGAGCGUUGUCUGAUUUCGAAAUCAAGAAAUCAUAAGGAAAUUAGCCAGGAUUUUUGAAGACGACCUGACCAUACACGAAAACGUCCGAAGGGCGUCCGAAGAUUUCUAAGGACGUUCCGAACAUUUCUCCGUGCCAGUCCAAGGAGUAUGACUUAGAAUAAGAUCAGAGUCGUCUCCAGUACUUUUCCCCGACUUUUAGAAUAAGAAAAUUUAGAGAGCUACCUUGCAUUAGUUAGAAUUGGCAAAUUUUUUGACGUGUCAGGUUAUGCUGUAAAAGAUUUUUUACUAAGUGUGAGACUUAGUUGGUCUAAACGCGUCACGUGAUUGAAUAUGCCCUGCUAAAACUUUAACUGGGGAAUAUCCGAGUGAUAUUUCCCAGUUUUCAAAACCGCGAGUGUUUCGAAAAGCAUUUCAAGGAUAAUAAACACAAUAGCCUCCAUUUGACAUGAAAAUAUGCUCGGAUGUUUGUCCUUGGACAUCAUCUGUUCCUCGAAGCUCACGGUUUUCCUCGAGCUAAGCUCUCUGAAAACUGUUCGCU